AAUCGUAUUGUUUUUGUACCAGCGUUUGCUGGACUGUAUGCUCCAUACUGGAGAAAAGAUGCGCGAAGUGUCAUAUGUGGUAUUAGUGAAGAUACUACUAACGCACACAUUGUAAAAGCAGCUCUGCAAGCGGUAUGUUUUCAGACGAGAGACAUUUUGGAAGCUAUGAAGGAGGAUACUGGUUUGGUGCUGUCAAAACUGUUGGUUGACGGUGCAAUGAUCAAUAAUGAUUUGUUGAUGCAAAUGCAAGCUGAUAUCUGUGGUAUUCCAGUAGUUAGACCAUUAAUGUGUGAAACUACUGCACUUGGAGUUGCAAUUGCUGCGGGUAGCGCGGAAGGAAUACGGAAAUGGGAUGUGAAGAUUGACGCUGCUGUUCCUAGUGAUAUCUUUUUUCCAUCAAUAACUGAGAAUGAACGUGAUAUUUUAUAUUCUCAGUGGAAAAUAGGUAUUGAUAGAAGUUUAGGUUGGGAGCCACUCCCAGAAGCAAGUGAUGACACAGAGGAUAUACAUAAAGCGACUGCGCCCGGUGUAUUUAUAAUUGGAACCAUAAUACUGCUUAUGGUUGCUAAGUAUAGAUCUACUUUAUAAUAAGUUUGUAUAUGCAGUACCAUGUACUGUUUAUUGCAUUUAGACAAAAUCUGGUCAUUUCAACAGAAAAUAUGUCUACCAAGUAUGAUGCAUUGCUUUAUUAUUUGUAUUAUAGUAUCUAAUAUUUAUAGAUUGAAAAACAGUCAAGAAUAAAAAGUGCCAUAAUAUCAUAAAAUAAUUACUAGAUUGUUAUACAUAGUAUAUUAAUAAGAACUAUUAGGAAAUUACUGCUUUUUUUUAUAUCUUUAAUCUGUUAAUUAUUUAACAUUCUGUUUGACUACUUCAUUUUACAAUGUUACUUUGUGAUAUUACAUGAGCUUUAUGGUUUUGCGUUUAA